GAGGCAGUCUGAGCUGCUGUAUCGAGAGGACACAUCUUAAUGCGACACAGCUACAGCUUUCCUGAAUGACCUCACCGAGAGAGAGAAAGAAAGCGAGAGAAAGGCAGAGAGGGAGAGAACAACACAAAAAUCAACACAGGAAGUCACAGGGAGGAAUAAUAGAAGCCUGUGCUGUCUAAAAACACCCCAUGUGGUCCCUUUUCUUCCAGGACAUCCCUGAGGACAGCAUCAGCACCAUUCUUCCUGCCUACCCCUCGCACGAUCAGUAAUCGACUCGCCUGCGCAUCUUCUUCUCGCCCUGGGAUCCAGCACGGCAUUGCGGCGCAGAAGAAAGAAAGCUGGUAGCUCGACAUUUCUUCUUUCACUCUCUUAUCUGCUUGGUCCUGCCUGCUGAGUAAGGGCCUGACCAGGUGGGGUUCUGACCCAAGGAUGGGUGGUCAGGUAUACCUGCUGUGCUUCGUCACUCUGGCCAUAAGCUUCACCGCAGGUGGGGAGGUGUGCGUGUCAGGGCACGACAGUGGGCCCGUUUUUGAGGAACAACCCUCCAGUCUUGUGUUUCCAGUAGGACUCACAGAGGAGAAGGUGACUUUAGCCUGUCAGGCCAGAGCAAGCCCUGCUGCCACGUACAGGUGGAGAGUGAAUGGGACAGAUGUGCCAGUGGGAGAGGACCCACGUUAUGAGAUGGUGGCAGGGAACCUGGUGAUCAGCAGCCCACAGUACAACCGGGAUGCUGGCUCCUAUCAGUGCCUUGCCAUUAACCGUUGUGGUACCGUCAUCAGCCGGCCUGCAAACCUAAAGUUUGGCUAUCUCCAUGACUUUCCUCCUGAUGACAGAAGCCCCCAAACAGUAUAUGAGGGAGCUGGAGCCACUCUUAUCUGCCAGCCCCCAGCCCACUACCCAGCUCUCUCAUAUCGCUGGUUCCUCAACGAGUUCCCGAGCUUUGUCCAGCCCAGUGGGGGUCGCUGGUUUGUCUCCCAGGUCACAGGUAACCUGUACCUGGCUAAGGCAGAGGUCAACGAUUCAGGCAACUACUUCUGCUUCACCACCAACAACAUGGAUAUUAGCACCAAGAGUGUCUUCAGCAGAGCCAACCCACUCACGGUGCUACCUGAUGCCAGCCCCAGGAAAUCUGCUCCCAACAUCAAAGUUCGCUUCCCAUCCGAAACGUAUGCUCUGACUGGACACACCACCCAUCUUGAGUGUUUUGCAUAUGGCAACCCAGUGCCAAAAAUACACUGGAGGAAAGUGGAUGGCAGCCUACCCUCCAAGGCUGCUGCCAGCACUAACUCGCCUACACUGACCCUUUCGGACCUGAGCUUUGAGGAUGAAGGUGUCUAUGAAUGUGAGGCCCUGAACUCAGAAGGGCGUGACACUUAUCAGGGUCGCAUCACUGUGCAAGCUCAGCCAGAGUGGCUGCAGGUGAUGAGUGACUCUGAGGUGGAAAUCAGCUCAGAGUUGCGUUGGAGCUGCGCAGCUGCAGGAAAGCCUCGCCCAUCCAUGCGGUGGCUGCGCAACGGCCAGCAAAUCAUCAGUCAGGACCGAGUUCAGGUCAACAGUGGGAAGCUGAAGAUCAGCCACUUGGCCCUAGAGGAUUCUGGCAUGUACCAGUGUGUGGCAGAGAACAAGCAUGGCACUAUCUACUCCAAUGCUGAGUUGAGGGUUCAAGUCCAGGCCCCGGAUUUCCGCCUCAACCCAGUACGGAGGCUGGUCCCAGCUGCAAGAGGUGGCCAGGUGAUUAUGGAGUGCAAGCCGCGUGCUGCCCCCAAACCCACCCUUUUCUGGAGCCGCGGCACCGAGCUGCUGACCAACAACAGCAGGGUGACAGUGACACCGGAUGGGAACCUCCAAAUCACCAACAUCAGCCGGGCAGAUGAGGGAAAGUACACCUGCUUUGCAGAGAACUACCUGGGCAAGGCCAACAGCACAGGACACCUCUCAGUGCGAGAUGCCACCAAGAUCACCCUAGCACCCUCCAAUGCAGACAUCAACCAGGGGGAGAAUGUUACCCUACAGUGUCAUGCAUCACAUGACCCCACCAUGGACCUCACCUUCACCUGGUCCCUAAACGGAGUCCUGCUGGAUUUAGAGGAACCUAGUGGACAUUACCAUCGCGUGGAGAGUAAGGAAACGGUUGGUGACUUGGUCAUUGUGAAUGGACAGCUGGGUCAUGCAGGGACAUACAUGUGCACUGCUCAGACAGUGGUGGACUCCGCUUCUGCCACAGCCAAACUGGUAGUCCGUGGUCCUCCUGGGCCACCAGGGGGAGUAAUUGUAACAGACAUUAAUGAGACAGCGCUGGAACUGCGAUGGAGCCGAGGCUAUGACAAUCACAGUCCUAUUGGAAAGUACAUCAUCAUGGGCAGGUCACCACUGUCUCCAGAGUGGCGAAGGAUGCAAACAGACCCACCCACCAUUGAAGGAAACGCCGAGUCAGCUUGUGUGACUGGCCUGCUACCAUGGAUGGACUAUGAAUUCCACGUUAUUGCCAGCAACAUCCUGGGGAGUGGCGAGCCCAGCAUGCCCUCCCAGAUGGUCCGAACCCGGGAAGCAGCUCCCACUGUGGCCCCUAGUGGACUUGGAGGAGGUGGUGGGGACCACCAUGAGCUUAUUAUCACCUGGACACCCAUGGCACGGGAGUAUCAAAACGGAGACGAGUUUGGCUACAUUUUGGCCUUCCGAAAGCGCAAUACCCCCUCCUGGAUGGUGGUAAAAGUACCCCAUGCGGAGUCUUCACGCUACGUCUACAGCAACCAGAGCCUGUCUCCAUACUGUCCCUUUGAGGUCAAAAUAAAGGCCUACAACCGAAAGGGGGAGGGACCCUUCAGCCAAAUGGCUUUGGUUCAUUCUGCUGAGGAAGAGCCCACGGUUUCCCCUCGAAAGAUCAACACAACAGCCUUGACUGCAUUCGAGAUGCUCGUGUGCUGGGAAUCCGUGCAGGACCUAACUACAAACAUUGUGCGUGGCUAUGAGAUUCGCUACUGGCGCCAGCACGAAAAGGAGGCAGCAGCUGACCGCGUCAGGACUGCAGGGCUGGAGACAUCAGCUCGAGUUUCGGGUUUGCGGCCCAGCACCUUUUACUAUGUAACUGUCCUCGCAUAUAACAGUGCUGGCACAGGACCACCGUCUCCUCGUGCCACUGUUAUCACCAAGAAGCCCCCCCCUAACCGCCCGCCUGGCAAUGUCUCUUGGAAGACUGAUGGAUCAUGGGUAACUGUCAUGUGGGAUCAUGUUAAAGCUAUGAAGAAUGAAUCUGCUGUUCUUGGUUAUAAGGUUCUUUACAAGCACGAGGGCCAGUCUGCCUUGAAGGUCUUGGAGAAAGGCAAAACCUCCAUCAGCCUCCCUCUGCCCAAAGACAACAGUUAUGUGGUGCUGGAGAUUCGCUCCUGGGGGGAGGGUGGUGAUGGUGCUGCACAUGAGACCAUCGUAUCCCGGGAUUCAGGAACUGGAAUGAUGGUUCAGAACACUGCCAGGAUACUCAGUCCUUGUAGUUAUGCCUUGGUCCUCACAGUAUUACUACAGUCUUUUCUCAGUUCACUGGAACUCUGAAUAUUCAGAGUUUGCCCCUUGUUUGUAAGAUAACACUUAUCUCACCUUAGUGACUUUGUAUGUGUGUGGGUGGGGAGGGUUAUGAAUGUGUUAUGAAGGGUUGGUGAAUGAGUGGGUGAGUGGGUAUGGUGUAAAAGACAACAGCUGAUGUAAUUUUAUUCUUUUUUUAAAGAAAAUAACAUUUUUAAGACUAUGUGACAAUGUGUGCUGACAGUGUACAGACUAGGCAAACAGUGAAUGGACAGUCUGAUUGUGAAUUGAAAUAAUCUUCCUAAAAACAUGCCUUAUGGUAAGAUAAAUUUGAAAAAUACAUUUUUCAGAAAUGUACCACCAUAAAAGCAGUGUUUCCCUGUUAUUUAAUCACUUUGAAUGUCAUAUACAUAAAUACAGUGAUAAACGUGACAUUUCUUAUUACCCAAAACCAAAAUUAAAAUUGUUUAGAUAUAACAUUAAUACAGGUAGUGGACAAUAAAAGUGAGAACUUUGUUGUUGUCUUGUAUAUCAGAUUAACUAAAGCACAGAAUUGCAGAAAUGUCAAGCUUUUUAAUUGGAAUGAUAGUAAUACAGUACACAAAUUUAUCCAAAUUGUUUGAAUAAAAACAGUGGAGAAGCCAAUGAAUAAUUUAACAUUGGAAAGAGCCUUGAAAUAUCCUUCAAGUCAUUCUGACAUAGGCAGAAAUUCUAGCUGCAGUCUUUUAAAUGCAUUGUGAGACUCAGGCCCUGUGACUGCAGUGGUUAUGUACUCCUAAAUGCUGCAGAAUGAAACCAUGAACCCUCAGCAAGAGGAAGCACUGCACCAUAGGAUGCAAAGUGAUGCAUAGGUUUUCAGCCUUCCGUACAAGCUUUGCCCUUUCCAGUUAUGUACAUAAAUAUAUUAUACCUCCUCCUGGAACAGCUGCGGAUGCUUGAGGUGGUUUUAGUCACAUGUGCUGCACCGGUCUCUGCACAAUUUACUGGGUGUGGUCAGAACAGCCGGUACAUAAUACAACUGUAUUAUGUGAAGAUUCAAACUGUACAUUAAACUCUGCACAUGUUUUUCUUUUUUCCUAAAAGCAUUGCUUUCUUCAGUGUUACAUUUAUUCACUUAG